CACAAUGUUUAAUUUCUUGAAAUGCCAGACAUGGCAAUCACAAAAAAGACAAACUUCAUAAUGAAUAAGGAUUGAAAGACAUGUAAUCGGAAUCUUUUUUAUACAUUGAGUUGAUAAAGUUCCAAAAUUUCAAAAUUGGAAAUCUAGAUCUUUUUGAAAAUAGAAGAAAUAUAAGCCAGAAGGAUGGUUACCUGGGACGCUUAUUUAUUAUUUUGUAGUGUCUCGGAAUAAUUUCACGCAUAACAUCUCCAAAAAGAACUGCCAUGUCACAACAAAAUCAGAAUGAGAACCAAGAAAAUGAAGAGGUUUUGUUACAGGAAUUUAAGCGAGAAGCUGUUAGUUACUUUAAUAAAUUUGAUCGUAAUGAUAGAAAUGAAGUAAUCAAACAUCUACAGACAAACUGGUAUCUUUCUACGGACGAUUUUAAAAAUGAGAGGGAGAAACCUAAAGGGGUGAUAUCUGAUUUAAACCCUGGGAACUCUUCAUCAUGUGUGAUAUUGAUACCAGAAGAGGAAGGAUUGAAGCCACUGGACUACCGAGAGAUUCAUCAGAUCAUACGAGAACUCAUGUAUGGGAUUUACAUUCUCAAUCAAUCACCUAAAGUUAAUCUAGAGGCAAAUUAUGAUCAGACUUCCACUAUAAAACUACCUCCAGCCUACCUGGACACACGCAUUGGUCAAGUCCUAUCAACAGUAGACUAUACUUUGAAGUGCUUAUGGCAUGGAGCAUAUUUUCCAAAAGACAAGCGAGCACAUUUUAAUGAGAGAUGGAAAUCUCAUUUAGAUACAGAUUCUUCCAGCAGUACAAAGUCCAAGAAAAUGACAUACAAAGAGUUUUACAGUGCAGGUAUACAGGAUGUAACAUAUGAUCCAGAAUAUGGGACUAUAUAUGAUGGUAUAGAAAGAGAGGAUUUAGACGACAAAGACAUUGUGGAAGAAAGAAACCAUUUUAUGAAGCAUGUUGAGCAACUAAGUAUGCAGAUGACAUUUUAUCAAAAUAAGACCUUUAACCACAAAGACUUAUAUGUGAUGGAUUCUGAUUGGUUAGUGUCCAGUAUAGUCAAGGCUUUAGAUGAUCAUGUUGAUAAGAUGACCCACACAAGUUACGAACGCAUCAAUACCAGACUACAGUUACAUGAAGAGUUAAUAAUGCAGUGCUUAGACAAUAAGAAUGAAAUACGAAGAAUGCUUUUAUUGUGUAAAUUUAUUUCUUUCCUAACGCCAUUUUUUAUGGGUAUGAAGAAAAGAAUGAAGAUUCCACAGAGAAAAAGACUUUUACCAGACUUAACAGGAGAUGAAUGUCGAACAGAAAGAGAAUUACCUCCCCUUAUACUGGGACCAGACUUUAAAUGUCCACAUUUUGAUUUUGGAGGCAAUUACUUCAACCUACAUGGUGGUGUAUUAGUGGAUAUAGAGACAGACCCUAUUGUUGAAGCCCCAGAAUCAUUCAGUCAGAUGUACAAUCAGAUAAUGACAGAGUCAGAGGAACUACUUAGUAAACAUCUUAGUCAUGACAAGAUCAGGGAAAGUUAUAAAGUACCAGUGUAUGAAAUCAAUGGAAAAAGAUAUUAUGCUGUAAUGCUUGAGUUUGAGACGUACUACUCUGCCACACCACAGAAACCAUUGUGGGUUAAAGCUUACUCAGAACACAUCACCAUGCUAAAGACGUCCAAGAUAGUCAAUGAUCCAGAACAACAACUCAAUGAACAACUCAGAAAAUACUUUGGAUAUAGAAAAACUGUCAAGAUUGUUCAGACAAUGACAGCGCCAAAAGCAGCCAUACAGAAAGGACUUCUGGGAUUAUUUAUUUACCUGUGUAACAAGAAUGUGCAUCAGCCAUCACGCCUGAAUAAACAAGACGAACAAGGACUUUCUUUACUGCAUCAUGCUGCCAUCAACAACCACCCUGAGAUUAUUGUGGCUCUGCUUAAACAAAAGAUGGACAUGAAUGUCAGAAGAAAUAACAUUUCUACAGAUGCUGAUAUUAAGACGAACAGUGAUCGCCACUACCUGUUGGACAUGUGGCCAACCGCUUUACAUUUUGCUUCUCGAUGUGGGGCCUUGGAUUCUGCUACCUGUUUAGUAGGGAUAUAUGCAGGGACUACUGUAUAUGAUCAAGAUGGCUGGGCUCCUGUCCACUACUCUGCUUUCUUUGACCAUAAACCCAUUAUAAAAAUGUUUCACAGACAUAGCGCAGAGCAGAUAGACAUGCAUACUAAAAACAAAUUCAGGUCUACCCCUCUCUUACUUGCUGCUAGUUCUGGUGCCCUGUCAGCUGUCAAAUGUUUGAUACAACUAGGAGCAGAAAUUUCACGGAAAGAUUCUGAAGAUAAUGGCAUUGUACAUCUGGCAGCCUUGAGAUUACACACCAAUGUUCUGGAAUAUCUUAUAGAAUCUAAUUAUGACAAUGCACCAGUCUGGAAGAUUCUAGUCAGUAUGUUAAAAGAAACAGAGCAGAAGAAGGACAGUGCUGUGAAAUGUCUGGAUGUUUUAUCUACAUCUAAACCUGGACAUUGGAAGGCUAUUCUAGAAGCAGAUGCUGUGCCAGCACUGGUACUAUUGAUGUAUUCAGACAAUGAAGAGUUACAGGCUGUGGCAGCAUCUGUUCUCUGUAACAUCUCACAGGAAGAUGAUGUAAGAGUGGCACUCACUGAAUCAAAUGCCGCUGAAAUACUCAUUAAACGUUUGAUGUCUCCUAACGAAGACAUACAGUCACGGUCGGCCAUUAUUCUGUCGGAUAUCGCCUAUGUGGAAGGAAAUCAGUCCAUUAUAUCAGAUAAGGGUGGCAUUGAGCCACUUGUCGAGUUGAUGGACUCUGAAGGUCAUGAUGUGUUAGUGAAUGCUGUAAAUGCUGUACGAGUAUUGUGUGAUGGGAAUGAGAUUAACCAAAAUGCAAUAGCAGAGUGUGGUGGCAUUCCGCCAUUGGUAGAAUUUCUGACUUUGGUCAAUUUUGAGAUGCUCCAGGCUGUUGCAGCCUCUGCUGUGGCAUCUGUUGCUGCUGGCAAUCCAAAGAACCAAGAGGAUGUUAUUAAGGAGGGUGCAGCUAAGCCUCUGGUUGACAUUGUAAAUAGUCUGAAGAAAGAAGAUGUGAAGUUAAAGGCAGCUAAAGCCAUAGAAGCUCUCUCUGAUCACAAUCCAAAGAGUCAACAAGCAUUUAUUGAUCUAGGUGCUCAGAAAGCUUUACUUAAAAUCUUAAAGAAUCAGAGUGUAGAAGUGAAAGAACAAGCAGCUUGUGCACUAUGGGCCUUAGCUGGUCAGACUAAAACCCAACAGAAGAAGAUAGCUAAAGAUACUGGUAUAACUAAUAUCUGUGGGAUGUUGUUAGAUACUACAGAGAGUAUAGUACAAGUUGGUUGUCGUAUGGCGAUAUCACUUGGAAGAGAGGACAUAGAUUACCAGAAUCAGUUGGCUAAUACCAAUGCAUUUGAACAGUUAAACAGACUUUUACAACCUCAGAAAUACACCAAAAAUGUCAUAUUAAUGGCAAUCAAAGUACUGGGAAUACUGUGUGUAGGUGUUGCUACAACUAAUAAUAAAGUUACACAAAAACGUAUUGCUGAGGAGAGAACCAUACCUACCUUAGUAAACCUAUUGAAUGACCCACUUAAUGACCCCACAGGAGAGGUACAAGUGGAGGUGGCUAUGUCAUUAGGAUGUAUAGUCCUCAGUAAUCCACACAACCAUGAGUUACUCAGAGAUAUCAAAGACUUUAGUUUUGAUGUUUUACUCGAUCUUCUCAAGUACCAAGAUGAGGAAAUCCGAUUGAGAGCUGGUAUGGCUUUAGCUAUUUUUGCAUUCAACAAUACACAACAACAGUUUGCAAUCAGAGAGGCUGGUGGUAUCAGUUAUUCUGUUUUCCAAGAUUUCCUGGAGUCAGAAAACGAAAACUAUGUAUGUGAGGCUGCAUUUCAGAUUGUAGUGUUAGCUCGAGUAAUAGUAGAUGAUGAUCAAGUGACAUUAACAGCAAGGGGAGUAACUAUACUUGUCAACAAAGUUAAAUCACAUGAUGAUAAUGUUGUUGUCCGAGCUUCUAGUUUACUGGCAAGUUUGGCACACACCAGGGCCGGUAUACCUGAUGCCAUGGUAACUGUGGGUGCCAUUGAUAUUCUGGUUGAACGUCUGGCUUCUGCCAAUGAUCAGGUCCGCAGUUCUACAGCAAUAGCUUUAGGUUACUUGACAUUCAAUAAAACAGCUGCUAGAAUUCUGCUGAGUGCUUGCAGAAAUACUCCGGGCUUAUACAAAAAGAUGAUGGAAAAUAUAGGGAAAACUCCUAAAAUCAGUGAAGAUUUCUUACAGGAUUUUAAAAGAGCAAAGAUUGUUGGAUUGCCUUCACAAUGCCUUGAAAUCAAUGGAGGACCACCUGUCAAGCCACCAAGUAGGAGAGAUGUUCGUCCAACCACAGCUCACUCAAUCAGAACUACAUCAAGUCGUGCUCAGUCUGGUCGUAAAAAAUCUCCUGUUCCAAGUGUGAUUAUAAGUAAAUCAACAGAAAAUAGUAGACCCUCUACAGGUGUUAGGACUAAUUCAAGGGCAACUAACUCUCGUGCAAGACCUUUGUCAGCCGCCUCCUCAACUAAAACACGUAAAACUAGCCCUUCUCCAGAGACAAGUUUCAAGACACGUUUAUCCGCAUGGAAGAAUGAGAAAUAGAAGCUAGUGUAGUUUGAUUAUGUAGUUAUAAUUUAUUGUUCUGUGAGAAAUAUUAUUUACAAUCUUUUGUAAGUGCUUGAACAAUCAGUGAGAUUAGUACAGCUUUAUAAAUGUAGUGUUUGUGAUAUAUGCAUUCAUUAUUUUAAAUGGACUUCAAGCUGGGUAGGUUAAUACCAAAUGUUUCCUGUAACAAAGUAGAACUACAUGAAAAUAAAAAGUAGAUGCAACAAGUUAUUCAGUGAUUUCUGCAGACCGGCAUAGCUAAAUUUUAUUUUGCUAGUAUAAAAUCAUCUCACUGCAAAAUUAAACAACCAAGGUGUGAAUUUCCCAUUAUCUGAAUUUCUUCUGUUUACCUAUUCUUGUAUGUAAUGUUAUCUAUAAUUUCCACAAUGAAAUAGGCAUACAAAAGUUUGAAGAAAAGAAUCAGCAGUCAUCAUCGGGUUAAUAUAUUAUAUUAUAUUUGAUUUUUCUUUUCUUUUUUGUUAUCCCAAACAGUUUCAGGUAUUUUAAAAUUAGGACAUAAUAAGAACACUAAUUUGUUAUUACAAAAAAACUAUUAGCUACUAGAGAAAUAAUGUGCAGUUCAUAAUACCAGAGACUAUAAAGUUUAAUUGGUUGAACUUUGUUAAAUUCAGAAAAAAAACAAAGUUCAAAGCCUAGGAAAUUACCUUUAUUAAGUAAUGUGACAAUAGAUUUCUAACAUUCUACUCUUUUUUAUUCUUAAAAGCUUAUUGUGUAUUUUGUUGACAACUUUCCAUCAAUAAGAGCUUUUUAAGAUAAGACUGUCUGUGAUUAUUUUCCCUGUGAUAUGAUUUAUAUGGUAGGUUUUUUUAUUUGUAUUUUCUUAUACAUUUGUAUAUUGUUUAUACAUGUAUUUUUUUUUUGUAAUCAUAUUUGCAUUAAUUUUUAUAUUUGUUUUAUGAUGUUAGAAAUUAAGAUGCUUUAAUGUUAGUUUUGUUGUUAAAUAUAAGUUUAAAGUGGUGGUAUUUGCAAGAUCUGAGGUCAAAUUUUUGUACAAAACCCUAUAUUUUUUGGAUCAGUACCAAUAUUGAAUAGAGGUAAGUAAUAUUCUUUGAAAGAUACAAAUUUUAAUAGAUGUAUUCCUAACACAUAUGGAUUAGUAUAUUUUGCUCAUUGUGAACAAUAAAGAUAUCUGAAAGCUGCGUGUUUUAAUGUUCAUGUUUUAUAAUUCUAUUUUUUCUAAGUUGUGUCUAAAGCAGAAAUUUUUAUGUAAAAUUUUUCACACUUUUAUGUUGUGUUUCAAACAAGUUAGGAUGUAAAAAAAUAUUUACAGGGAAAAUUUCAAUAGUCAUUACUUUCUAGUAUUUCCAAGAGAACAAUAUUUAGAAUAUUUUGUGUUGACUUUUUAAAAUUAUGAUUUUAUCAGGUAAUCCACAAUAAGAAAAUAAAAGAAAAAAUAUAAGCAAAAUUUGUAUUUGCCACUUUAAAUGUCAAUAAACAUAUAAAAUUUGUAUAAAAAGCAUAAGCUAGUAUUUUGAUAAAAAAAAAUUUAUAAUGGUUUACUUUUAUAAAUUGUUAUUUGGAUGGAGAGUUGUCUCAUUGGCACUCAUACCACAUCUUCCUAUAUCUAUUUAAAAGAACUUGUGUAAAUCUGUAUUUAUUGCUUUGUUUUCUAUAUUGCAUUUACCAUCUGUGAUACACGUUUGUUUUAUGUACUACACUUAGUUAUGAUGUAAUUUGUUACUUUUAAAUAAAUAUUUUGAAUAGUUAAAAUA